AUGGUCGAGUUGCAAAUGUUCAAGUCUCAGAGGGAUGAGAUCAGCGUGUGCUGUCUUCCGCCGAUCCAUGUUAGCGUAAGUUAAGUGCCUAGCAACAAGCCUUAUUUCUUCUUUGUUUUUUAAAAUCAAUCAAAACUUUAGACGUUGGUCAAAAUCGUUGCGGCUUUUUCAAUCUUCGUGGCAUUACUCGGACUGUUAAGCUGCUUUCUGAUUGGAUGGUAUGGGAUUUUCGGCCCAGUCCUAUUCCUGAUUGCGUCAGUCCUGUUAUUCGUUGGUUCAAACAAGAACGAUACCGGACUCUUCUGGCCCUACAUGAUCGUUAAUGUGAGUUUCUACAAGUUAUUGACUCUGCGCUUUUAGUUUAUUCGAGUUAAAAAUUGCAUUUAGGUCUUGUACAUCCUCUACGUCAUAUGCCAACUCAUCUUCUGUAUCAUCGGAACCGUGAUUUCUCAAGUUGGUGGGGGCGAGGGGUUACUUUGGUGGACUUGUGAAGAACUUCGGGCUCUGAAAUGGUUGUUCCCUGGUCUGGUUAUUCCAAUUAUUGUUUCUUUAUUGAUUGCCAUUUGGUGUCAAUACGUCGUGUUGAAGGGAUAUCAGUAUAUUGAGGCCAGAAAACGUAACUUGGUCGAGCCAAUCAGAGUGCCCUAUCCUCAAGAUGUGCCCAGAGUUGUGGAGGAGACCGUGACCUACCCCAGAACUCAUGUUUAUGAUCCACCAAGAACUGGACAUUUCUAA